AUGGCCACCUCGUACCGGCCGCGACUGCAUACUCCAUACCGCAACUCUUUUCUACCCUAUUCAACGCCAUGCUCCGUCGUUCUGCUUCUAUGUCUGCUCGUUCCGACCGUCACGUCGCUUGCUCCGAAGCCCAAGCGAGACCUCUGCGACCUGUCCAACGGCGCGUGGAUACGCUCGCCUAAACGCUUCCCGCGCUACACCACUGUCGCCGGCCGCCCGAAAUCGUGUCCGUUCGCGCGUUCGUCGUAUGCGUGCGAGCGUAACAAUCGUCCCGACCUGCGGUACCGCGAGUACCGGUGGCAGCCGUUCGACUGCCCCAUCAGCUACUUCUCCGUGUCCGGCUUCCGCUUCCUCAUGCGCGACCGGCGCAUGCUACUGGUGGGCGACUCUAUGAUGUCGAACCUCUUCGAGGCACUGCUCUGCUCCAUCAGCAGCGCGGGCUACGAGGGACAGCCCUUUAGGCGGAAAACGAAAGGCGACUUUAGCAUCAAGGGAGUCCACUUCCCGGCCUUCUCCUUCUCUCUCGAGUACUACUUCUCGCCCUACAUUGUGCGCACCAGUCGCCGCUCCAUCCACAACAAAGCCACGGGGAAAGACGCCAUCAAGGGCGGGCAUGGGUUUGACGUGUACGUGGAUGAGAUGGACCCUGUGCUGGAGCGCGUGCUGGCAAGCUACAGUGCUGUCGUCUUCCACUCGGGGGUGUGGUGGCUGCAGAACGUUCCUCGUCGCACGGUCCCGAAUAACUUUUACGCAAACGGGGCACAGCGAAACCUGAGUAACAUCGCUGCACACACAUGGGCCCUGUCCACAGUUCUCUCAUUCGUCAAGAAGAUAGACUACUCGGGAGUCCCCUUCUUCCUCUCCUUCUCCCCAAAGCAUGCAGGCGCUGGUCAAACACAACCUGGGGUUGAGCAGAGUGAUGGAGCCGCAUGGGUGGGUGCUUGUGGUGCUCGCAUGCCUGCCUCACGUACCUUUGUGCACUCAAGGGGCAAGGCUGCGCAGGCGAAGCGAGGCUCAGCGGCGGAUGGCCGUGACCUCUUGGUGCUGGAAGUGGUGGGAGGCCCUUGCUGCCCCGCCACCAUUGCUGUAACUGCUAGCAGUUCUAGAGUGGGCCGAGUUAAGACCUGCCAGAUUCCGCUGAAGGAAGAUUCCGUUUCUGAGAAACACGCGUGUGUGUCGUGGGACGCAGCUGAUAGGAGUUGGCGCGUCGUCGAUCUAGGAAGCUCAAAUGGAACGUCACUUAACGGCAUCCAUCUGCCAGAAGGUCGUGAGCGUCCUCUGUCUGAUGGAGAUGAAAUUCGGUUCGGCCCGUUUACGAUCGUCCGCGUGCACAUACGGCCUUCCCCUCAUCACGGAUCCACCGUGCGUGACAUGCUGCAACAACAGAUGGAGUGGCGGCUUUGCCGUCUAGAGGAACAAGCAGCCACGAUGGAAGAGCAGAUGCGGCAAGAUCUGGCAACACUGAAAACCAUUUAG